AUGACAACAGCACAUAGGCCUACAUGGUAUAAUGCCAUUGGUGGGGAAAACCAGGGUGGUAAUAGAAAAGUUGGGCAAACCGCAAAAGUUUGCAGUAGGGAUUUGCCUGGUCAUACCAAAAUGAAAAUGAGAGAUUUGAGUGACUAUACAGAGGACAAAGAAAUAAUCAAAAAUAAUUUAAUUGAACUAGAAAACAAAUCCAGUGGACGAGAAGGGAAUGGCAAAGAAAAUGAUGGAAAAAAUGAUGGAAAAAAUGAUGGAAAAAAUAAACUGCUAGCCAUUGAAAAUAUUAAAAAAUUAACAAAUUGUGAUUAUGCUAAUCCAUUUCCAGAAGAUGAAGAUGAUGAAAUUCAGGAUGAAUGGAAAGCACACAAAAUGAAGAAAAAAAAGAAAGAAAAAAAUAAUAAUAAUUAUGAACAUAGCGACAUAAUAUCCAAAGAAAAUAGUAGCAUCAAUGAUAGUGAUAUGAAUUCUGAGAAUUCUGAGAAUGAUGAUGGAAGCGAUAAAAGUGAUGAAAGCGAUGGAAGCGAUGAUCAAUCUGAUGAAGAAGAAAAGGAAUUAAUGAGAGAGCUCGAAAAUUUAAAAAGAGAAAAACUCGAAAAAUUGAAAAAAGAAAAAGAAGAAGAAGAGCUUAUGAAAAAUAAAAAAAAUAAUGUUCUCACAAAUAACCCUCUUAUAAAUUUAGAAGAUAGUGAUAAUGAAGAAUUUGAAAACCAUCAAAAAAAAAGAAAGUGGACUGACGAAGCUAUAUUUAAAAACACUUGUGAAAAAAAAACAAAAACAAAUACAUUUAUAAAUGAUACAGUACGAACAGCAUUUCAUAAAAAAUUUCUAUUUAAAUAUAUACACUAA